AUGGCUAUGAUGGCUAGUGGAACAUCGGGCAAUUCCAAUCUCUUCGACGACGACAAUGCGGUGCUUGAUGACGACUUCCUCAAUGAUGAGGUCGAGCCUGAUGAGCCCUCAUCCACGUCAGACCGGGCGCCUCUUACAGGCAACAUUCAAUCUUCAUCGUCCCAAAGACCGAUCAAUCAGGACUACUUGACCUCACGCAUACCGGGAGAGGAUAGAAGAGCACCACAAAAUACCAUCGACGAAUCAGUAUGGGAUACUGUCUCCAGAGAUCUGUUUGCGGUAUGGGAGAAGAUGAGGCAGGUGCUCUGGCCCAAGUAUCUAUUGGGUGGCAUGCUACAACGGCAGGGCGCCGGCACCUCCGACGUCGAAAGCCAAGGCUUUGGCAGAGAUCUGAGAGGUCUGGUCGGAAGGUGGCCGGACGCAGAUGGUAUUCUCGAGGGCGGCCUGAGCGAAGGCUUGCGGGAUUGGGAUCUUUGGUACGCAAACCACGAGCUGGCUGGCACCGACACUAACCAUCACAGGGGCCCUCUCAUCUUCUGCUUGCUGCUCAGCAUGUUCUUGUCAGUUCGAGCAAGCAAAGAUCAAGCCGAUCUGGUCUUCUCUGGCGUCUUCUCCAUCGUUUGGAUUGGCGAGGCGGUCGUCACACUGCAGAUCAAGCUGCUGGGCGGCAACAUUUCCUUCAUGCAGUCGGUCUCGAUCAUAGGCUAUACCCUCUUCCCAUUGGUUAUUGCCUCGCUGCUCUCAGCACUAGGCUUGCCUAUGAUUGCGCGCAUACCCGUCUAUAUUGUGCUUGUCGCGUGGUCACUUGCUGCCGGUGUCAGCAUUCUAGGAGGCUCUGGCGUGGUCAAGAACCGGGUCUUCUUGAGCGUCUAUCCUCUUUUUGUCUUCUACGUAGGCUUGGGAUGUCUCUGUUUUAUUAGCUAG